CAAACAAGAAGAAAAAGGAGAGAUUGUCCAAACAGUGUGGUCCUAGUGAUGAGAAGUCCUUGAAUGGAGGAGAACAGGAUUGUAACUUUUGCUUUGUUUUGUUUCGUAAUUUAUGCUUUUACUAGAUGAUGGCAUCGGUGACGUGAGGCGGAUUCUGGUUAAACAGCCCUCGAUUUCACAUGAUGAUUCGUUCACUUGGGCUUACAACAAAUCCGGCAAUCUGACGGUUAAAUCAGCCUACUGGUUAGCCAGAGAGCAAAAGAUUAAAGAGACUUUCCCUCAAGCUCUAGCUCUAUCGUCUGUUAAUCAUGUGAAAGAGAAAGUUUGGAGAACCUUGACGUCUCCUAAGAUUAAAACAUUUCUCUGGAAAGCACUUAGUGAAGCCUUGCCAGUGGCUGAUCUGAUUAUCCAACGUGGAAUGAGGAUUGAUGGUAGAUGUCAACUGUGUGGGUUAGAGGGAGAAACUAUCAUCCAUGUCCUCUUUCAUUGUGAUCCAGCGAGACAAGUGUGGGUUCUCUCAGGGGUUCCAUGCUCGGAAAUUGGAUUUGAAAAUGGCAGUCUAUUUGGUAACCUGAAUUAUCUCCUAAAUGUGAAGUGCAGCUCUGAAGGUGGCAUCCAGCCUUUGAGAUCUUGGCCUUGGGUGAUUUGGAAUAUAUGGAAGUGCAGAAACGACUUCAUUUUUAAAGGGAGAAGAUGGGCUCCUGAAGAGAUUGUUGAGAAGGCUUUUGGUGAGGCGGAUGAGUGGUUCCUUGCGCAAGAAGUUGAAGAGGAACUUACCAAGCUGAACGAUAAAGUGGUAGAGAUCACUAAGAAGAAAUGGACUCCUCCUCCAAAUGAUUGGCUUAUGUCCAAUAUAGGCUUCGAGUGGAUUAAACAUUCAAAGCUUAUGGGUGGUGCGUGGGUUGUGAGAAAUCAUAGAGGAGUGGUGUUGAUGCAUAGUCGCAGGGCUUUCUCGAAUAUUCAGAGCUUGGAUGAGGCCCGACUGGUGUCAAUCCUUUGGGCAGUGGAAAGCAUGACGAGCUUGAGGUAUAAUAGAGUGAUAUUUGCAGGGGAUUUUAAAGAAAUUUUCUUGGCUUUGAAGAAUCCUCUUCAAUGGCCUGCUCUACGUUAUCACGUUACUGAGGUUAAUAUGAACCUGAGGCUGAUGCCGGAAUUUCAAGUCAAGACGGUGGUAAAGGAGGAAAACAAAGGAGCGACAAUCAUUGCUCAAACCGUCACAAGGGAGGGUAGAUUGCCAUCCUAUGUGGCCAAAGGGCAUCCUUCGUGGCUCUUUGAAUUCUUUGUGAAUGAAAGUCGCCUCCUCUAAUUCUGUCCUCCUUCUGUGUUUCUUUAUGUGUUUUGCCCGGUGCCUUUGGGUUUGUUGAUGAUCAGGUUUAGGAUCAUGUUGAGUUGGUUUGGUUUGUCUCUGGUGUAGUGAGGCUGACUUGUAUUUUGUACUCUGUUUCGGAUUUCUUUAUAAUGAAGUUCU